GUUAGUACCGUCGCAACGAAAAAAUUACUGUCGUUUUGUAAAUGUCAAACGAGGACUUUCCGUCAGUAAUUUAAAAACAUUAGACAUGUUGCUCACAAUCGUGCCGCCGUUGCCUACAGGCCCUACACAACCAGAGCAAGCAAAGCAAAAUCAAAAAGCAUAAAAAACACAGAAAGCAAAAACACAAACGCAACUCGGCGUUCUUAUUUUCACCAGUCAGUCAAACUCAAAACUCAACACCAUGACCCCAAAAUCCCUCUUCUUCUUCUCCUCCACCCUCGCCCUUCUCAUCCUCCUCAUACCCAUCUCUGCCCAAAUCUCCGACCCGAACCCGAAACCGACCCAAUCCCUAUCCGCGGCCCACACCGAGCUCACAAACUACGGCUUCCCCGUCGGACUCUUACCCUCCUCAGUCCAUGGCUACUCCAUAAACAAGACCUCCGGCGACUUCUCCGUCGAGCUCGGCGGCGACUGCAAGAUCACUCUCCCGCCGGACAACUACCUCGCCACCUAUUCCAGGACAGUCAGGGGAAAGAUCGUUUCGGGUAAGAUCGCUGAGCUCGACGGGAUUCGGGUCCGUGCACUGUUCAGCUGGUGGUCCAUCACCGGGAUCCGAUCCACCGGCGAAGACUUGGUGUUCGAGGUCGGCAUGGUCAGCGCCAAGUACCCCUCCAAGAACUUCGACGAGAGCCCCGAUUGCGAAGGCAAACACUCCUCUUCGUGAGUGAGCGAGUGAGGGCAUCUAUUGCUGCUUUACUGGACUUAAAUUAUGUGAUAGUAUCCGCUCAUAAGGUUGGAAGUACUUAUCGAACCAAAGUAUUCGGUGCUUGUAGUAUCUAAUAUUUGACUGUAAAUCACUAGAUUGUAAUAAUAACCUCAAAAUGCUCCUAGACUUCUUUAUUGUGUAGUAGAUGCCUCGGUGUCUCUGUAGUUAUGUGUUACUUUUUCUUGGUAAUGAACAGAGGGUUUUCCUCGUCUUUAAUAUAUAUUAUCUUUAAUUAA